ACUGCCACGUCACUGGAUUUCGUUUUCAGGAAUGCUGAAACAGUCAGUUGAAGGUUGAGAGAGAUGCGCUGGUUCCCAAAUAAACUCCUUCAGAGUCUCUCUCUCUCUCAUUCGAAUAAUUCUUCUCUUCUGGAGCUCAUUUCAUUUGCAUUAUAACGAUUCUGCAGAAACCCUAGAGAGAGAGAGAGAAGUAGAUGGGGAACUGGUUCACGACGAACAAAGAACCUCCACCACCAAUGGUGUUGGUUCCACCUCUCUUUGAUUUCCCUCCUCUCGCUGCCCGUACCAGGAUGUUGGAGUCAUCAUAUAACUUGUUAUUUGGGAAGCUUUCUUUGAGAUGCCUCUUUGAGGAUUAUUUUGAAGAAGCUAGGCGUUUUAGCACAAGAAUCAUGCUAAAGCCCAUUGAUGACCCUCAUGUUGAUUUAAUUGCAACUGUUUCAGGUCCACUUGAUCACAAGCCCGAGGAGAAAAUUGUAGGAAAUGCACAAUUCCGCUGGCAAAGUGAUGUUGAUGAUCCUCAUACAUUUAUGGACCUUUUUGUAUCAAAUACUGAUCCGGUUUUACUUAUGAGGUCAUGUGCUUACUUUCCUAAAUAUGGUUUUGGAGCAUUUGGAUUUUUCCCGGUGCUUUUAAAGAAAAGAGUAUCUUCUGAAGAUUAUGGUGUUAUGGGUUUGAGAUAUGGUUCAUCGAAUCUGUCAUUUGGAGCCACACUACUGCCUUUCUCUAUGGACGGUGAAUUCCCAAAAAGUGCAUGGCUGGUAAGCAAGAUGGGAAGGCUGACUGCUGGGGUGCAAUAUGAACCACAAUUUGGAAGCAAAGAUGGAAAUAGAUACAAAAAUUUAGCAAAUUGGAGUUGUGCUAUUGGCUAUGGACUAGGAUCAGGCAGUCCUUUGAGCCCAUCCUUCAAUUUUGGUCUUGAACUUGCUAAAAGUUCUCAGUUCAUUGCCUCUUUCUAUCAGCAUGUGGUGGUCCAAAGAAGGGUGAAGAACCCACUUGAAGAAAAUGAAGUAGUUGGAAUUACAAACUACAUUGACUUCGGAUUUGAGUUACAGACCAGGAUUGAUGAUGACAAACCAUCAAACGUAACUCCAGAUUCCUCUUUUCAAGUUGCUGCAUCUUGGCAAGCCAAUAAAAACUUCUUGUUGAAGGGAAAGGUGGGCCCUCUCAGCUCAUCUAUGGCUUUAGCAUUCAAGUCAUGGUGGAAACCUUCUUUCACUUUCAACAUUUCAGCUACUAGAGAUCGUACGGUUGGAAAGACAGCUUUUGGAUUUGGCAUCCGUGUUGAUAAUGUUAGAGAAGCGAGUUAUCAGAGAGCCGAUCCAAAUUUUGUAAUGCUGACACCAAACAAGGAGCAUUUAGCAGAGGGCAUUCACUGGAAAAUUGGGAAGAGACCUGUGCUCCAAUCAGAUUUAAAUUCUGGGAAUUUUGAUGGCAUGCCCAGGGAGUUGAGGCCCUUGGGAAAAUUUUUGUAAUUUUAUAAAAUUACAAAUUUUUAUAUAUAUAUAUAUAUAUAUAUAUAUAUUUUUUUUAAGUGUAAGGGAACAUUUUGAUUAUAACAACUAAUUUUGGUUCUCUAAUUUCGUAAGUUUGGGAAGAACUGUUACUUC